GUAAUUGAAACCAACCCUAAGCUCUUUUUAUCUCCGCUCUAAAGGUAGCCCCGAUUAUUGCUAACUUAAGCAUCGGAGUGUCUACCCCGAGUUCCACCUCGGGGCUUUGCAGGUCUUCCCGGAGUGCAAGCGUUGAUUGAAGAAGGACUUCUGGUUUGGUGCAAUUACAUUGGCGCCAUCUGUGGGAAUCGAACUGAAAGCUUGUUAGUUGCUUUUUCAUCAUGGUUCACACUCGGUCAGUCCGGGCUGGAAAUUCAUCUCUGCCUCAUGGGCAAGGUCAACCCCCCAACAACUUUCCACCUCUGAUCCCACCUCAACUUACACCUCAGCUCCUACCUUAGGUCCCCACUAUGUUCCCUCCCGUUGAUCAUGCAGAAGGAGGAGAUGAAAACCAACCUCAUGCCUCAGCUCACAACUCAACUUCCACUGCCAACCAAGACAUAGUGACAACUCAGCUUGCUGCCAUGCAACAACAGUUUGGUGUUUUUCAAUUGGUACUGGCGCAGCUUUUAGCCAAAAACAAUCCUGGUGACCCCCUCAUUAAUUUACUGAACCAUACUCAACAACCCCCAGCUCCACAACAGAAUCCUCAACUAGUUCAGCAUGCUCCCGCUAUUAGUGAAUCUCAGGAUCAAUCCCACAUCGCACCCGCUCAACAACCCAUCCCUGAUGAUAUUACUCGCCGCCUCGAUAGCUUGGAAAAGCUAGUAGCUGAACACCGAGGUGCUCCACCCUCACACCAUGCUGCUGAUUCUAUACCUCACCCUCUGAAUACCAACAUUACACUGGAACCCUAUCUUGCUGGCUUCAAAAUACCACAACUGGAGACUUAUGACGGGACGAAGGAUCCCGAUGAUCAUUUGCAUGCUUUCUACUCUUGCAUGCAAGCUCAGAACGCCUCUGACGCGUUGAUGUGCAAGAUCUUCCCCUCUACUCUCCGAGGUAAUGCCCGAACUUGGUAUUACAAUUUACUUCCGAGGUCAAUUAGCUCUUAUAUAGAAAUGGCAUCUGCCUUUGCCACUAAGUUUUCCAGUAGAAGGUUGAUAAGGAAAACUACUUUUGAACUGAUGCGAGUUAAACAGAGGGAUGGAGAAUCUCUGAAGAACUAUAUGAGCAGAUUCAAUGAUGCAGUAUUGGAGGUUAGUUCCUUUGAUCAAGCCGUGGGAAUUGCAGCUGUGAUCUCCGGUCUUAAGCAUGACAGGUUCAGAGACAGUUUGAGUAAACAUGCUGCCACCACCUUUAGUGAGGAAAAGGAUGAGGAUGGCGCAGAACUGAGGUCCGAUGUUGACCUCCCCAACAAGAGUCGGAAGGCCGAACUCAACACCCUCGCAACAAUCUGCAGGCCGCAACCUCAAGGAGUCCGCAAUCCCCCAAAUAGACAGGGUGUGGGAUAUCAGCAAAACCCACCUCCGCUCCCACCACCAGCUAGAAUUAUACAUAUGAUCACGGGAGGUCUGGAAGCAGGUGGACUGAGCUCUAAACAGCGAAAGCUGUAUGUUAGAGAGGUUAAACAUCAGAACCGAGCUCAGAAGCGGAAGAUUGACGAUGCUAAGUGGAAAACUCAACCCAUUACUUUCACAUCUGCUGAUCUUGAUACAGUUGUUACACCCCACAAUGAUCCCUUGGUCACUUCUGUCAUAAUUAACAACUGUGAAGUACAGCGUGUCCUUGUUGAUACCGGAAGUGCACCAGAUAUCAUGUACUUCCAUUGUUUCGAGAGUCUUGGGCUGGAUCCAGCGUUGUUGCAGAAAUAUGAUGGUCCUAUUUAUGGCUUCAACAACCAACCUGUUCCGGUGGAAGGAGUUCUUACCCUCCAUGUGGCUUUUAGGAGUGGCCGGACCUAUGUAACCCCUUCAGUCCAGUUCCUCGUAGUCAAAAUGGCGUCCUCUUUCAACAUUGUUAUUGGCCGACCCACACUGACUGAAAUCCGAGUUGUGGUUUCCCAGUCUCACCUCUGUAUGAAGUUCCCAACCCCUAUGGGAAUAGCAACACUGCGAGGAAACCAGGAGGUGGCCAGACAUUGUUAUAUCACCUCGGUAACACAACCUACGAAGGGCAAAGAUCAGACACCCGAGGCCAUUUCCCAGCAAAUUCCUAAUACUCAGCAAGUUAUGGGUGUAGAGAUUGUAGAUAAUCGACCAGAAGAUGAAACCAGGGCUGCUCCGGUCGAAGAUGUUGAAGAAGUGCUCAUUGUUGACAGAGAUCCGAGCCGAAAGACGCAGAUCGGAACUAGAUUGAACCCGGAGGAGAGAGCAGAGCUAAUAGCUUUUCUCCGAGCUAACAAUGAUGUAUUUGCAUGGACUUCGGCAGAUAUGCCAGAAAUUCCAAAAUCAGUGUCUCAACAUAAGCUCAACACCAAUCCAUUGAAGAAACCAGUAGCCCAGAAGCGGCGUCUCUUCGGGGGGGAGAGGCUUCAGGCUAUUAAAGAAGAGGUAGAGAAACUUCUACAAGCUGGUUUCGUCAGGAAAGUUGAUUACUGCGAAUGGGUGGCUAACCCAGUCUUGGUGAAGAAGGCAAACGGUAAAUGGCAAAUGUGUAUUGAUUAUACAAAUCGUAACCUAGUUGAUUACUGCCCGAAUCAGAUUGUGGCCGAUAAUGGAACUCAAUUCAAUUGCUCUUCAUUCCGAGAUUUCUGUUCCAGUUAUGGGAUCAAGUUACAGUUCACCUCCGUUUACCAUCCGGAGUCCAAUGGCAUGGUUGAAUCUGUUAACAAAUGCAUUUUAGAAGUCAAAGAAGAAGCUCGGCUUCGAACUCUUGUAUACAAGCAGAAACUAGCCAGCUUCUACAAUAAAUGGGUCCGCCCUCGAACAUUCAAAGUAGGAGACCUUGUUCUUAGAAAAGCUGGCCUAACGGGGUUUGAAACUCGUUUUGGCAAACUUGCCCCAAAUUGGGAAGGCCCUUAUGCCGUGGCCGAUGUGCCACAUCCUGGCGCCUAUGUCCUCCAAGACGCUGAGGUAAAGAGAGUUCCUAGAGUCUGGAAUGUCAAUAACUUGAAGAAAUUUUACCCCUAAUAAAAUUCUUUCAAGAGAUCUAUGUCUUGCUGUUCUUUACGCUUCUCACUUCGUGUUUGUUGAGAUUCAUUUUACCUCUUAUUCUAUGUAUCUGAGGUCAAUCAGUUCAUUCAUUCCUUGAACCUCACUUCUGUUAAUAAAUGUCACUUCACAUU